AGGGACGUGGCCUACAUGCCGACACUGGACUCCUUCCCGGGUCGCCCUGGAUGGAUGCGGCUUGUCGCAUCUCAAUCCCUCCUGCAGGAAGCUUCAGCGCACCGCGGACAUAAAUCAGAUGGAGGUGUGAAGGUAUUAAACCAACUGGCAGGAUCGGCUGAGAGCCCGUCGACUGAUGGGCCAGAACAGAUGCACAGCAGUGACUCAGACCAGCUCGUGCACGGGGAGAUCCGGCUGAAAAUCUCUGCGAGCCGGACAAGGUUCCUGCAGAUAUAUCAAGCUGAAAUCAAGGAAUCGAGUCCAUGCGAGCUGCCAUCUGAUCCCACACACUUAUCAAUGAAGCAAGAGAUCAUGGCGGAUGGCCCGAGGUGUAAGAGGCGAAAACAAGCCAACCCGAGACGGAAAAACGCUCUGAACUACGAGAAUGUGGUGGAGACGGGCUCAGAGACCGAGGAGGAGGACAAGCUGCCAGUGUCCGAGGAAGACCCCCUGAUCAACGGCACGGGCAGCCCAGCCAGCCUCACCAACCCCGAGGCCUCGCCACGGGCCGAGAGCCACAGCCUGCUGACCAAGGAGGAGGAGGACGACGAGAUGCGGGACAGCGGCGUGGAGCACAUCUGGCCCGACAACGACAUGCUGAGUGCUUCGGUCGACGGUACUGAUGAAAUAAAAGAUGAUUUCGACACCUUGGGGCCUGACGCCACUCUGCAGGCAGUUGGAAACGGUACAGUCAAGAGCGUCGAUUGCACUUCAGAGUUUGAGGACUUCUUUGCCAAGCGGAAGCUGGACGACGGCGACAGUCACGUGGUGAGCAUCGCCGAGUACCUCCAGCGGGGCGACACCGCCAUCAUCUACCCAGAAGCGCCAGAGGAGCUGUCCCGCUUGGGCACGCCAGAGGCCACCGGUCCAGAGGAGAAUGACCUGCCACCUGGAACGCCAGAUGCCUUCGCCCAACUGUUGACCUGCCCCUACUGCGACCGGGGCUACAAGCGUUUGACAUCGCUGAAGGAGCACAUCAAGUACCGCCAUGAGAAGAACGAGGAGAACUUCGCCUGCCCCCUGUGCAACUACACGUUUGCUUACCGCACUCAGCUUGACCGGCAUAUGGCCACACACAAGCCUGCGAGGGAUCAGCACCAACUGCUCAACCAAGCGGCCGGCAACCGCAAGUUCAAAUGCACCGAGUGUGGCAAGGCCUUCAAAUACAAGCACCAUCUGAAGGAACACCUCCGGAUUCAUAGCGGUGAAAAACCGUACGAGUGCCCCAACUGCAAGAAGCGCUUCUCCCACUCGGGUUCCUACAGUUCCCACAUAAGCAGCAAAAAGUGCAUUGGUCUGAUCGCUGUCAACGGCAGGAUGCGCAGCAACAUGAAGACGGGCUCCUCCCCAACCUCCGCCUCCUCCUCGCCCACCAACACUGCCAUCACCCAGCUGCGGCAGAAGCUGGAGAACGGCAAGCCGCUCGGCCUCCCCGAACACAACAACCACUUGAACAUCAAGACGGAGCCGCUCGACUUCAAUGACUACAAGCUGAUGAUGGCGUCUCACGGAUUUGGUGCUCCCGGACCGUUCAUGAACGGAGGCAUGGGAGGGAACAGCCCACUGGGCGUCCACCACAACUCGGCCCAGAGCCCCUUGCAGCACCUUGGGAUGGCCGGGCUUGAGUCGCAGCUCCUGUGCUACCCAGGGCAACUGGGGAACAACCUGAGCGAGGUGCAGAAGGUUCUCCAGAUCGUGGACAACACUGUGUGCAGGCAGAAAAUGGACUGCAAGCCGGAGGAGCUCUCCAAGCUUAAGGCCUACAUGAAGGAGCUGGGGUCCCAGGUUGAAGAACAGAAACAGGUGUUGGCGGCGGGAGGUCAGAUCGGUCUUCCACUUGUCAAUCACAACGGCGCCACCAAAAGCAUCAUCGACUACACGUUAGAAAAAGUGAACGAAGCCAAAGCCUGCCUCCAGAGCUUGACUACAGACUCAAAGAGACAGAUUAGCAAUAUCAAACGAGAGAAAUCCAACCACAUGCUUGAAGGAGGUGUGGAUGAGAAGGUGCAGGAAAAUACCAUGUUUACACCUUACGCUUGCCAAUAUUGCAAAGAAACCUUCACCGGGCCAAUACCUUUGCAUCAGCAUGAACGCUACCUGUGUAAAAUGAACGAGGAGAUCAAAGCCGUGCUGCAGCCCAGUGAGAAUCUGAUGCCCAACAAACCAGGGAUAUUCAUGGAGAAGAACACCCACUUAUCCUCCUCCAUGUUGUCUGAGAAGGGACUCACUGGGCCCCUUAACCCUUACAGGGACCACAUGUCUGUGCUGAAGGCGUAUUUCGCCAUGAACAUGGAGCCCAACUCGGAGGAGCUGCUCAAGAUUUCCAUAGCGGUCGGCCUUCCUCAGGAAUUUGUCAAGGAGUGGUUCGAGCAGCGGAAGAUGUACCAGUACGGCACUACUAGAACCCCACCACUAGAGCACAGGAACAACUCGGAUAUGGUUCUCGGAACAAAUAACCACCACACUCCACCAAAAGACUCUAUGGCAGCUAGGUCACCUGUGUCUCUACUCAAACCUACUGACCGCAUCACGUCCCCCUCCAUAGCAGAGCUCCAUAACAACGUUAACAACUGUGACAACUCGCUCAGACAUCUGAAAAACCACCAGUUCAGCGGCAGCGCCAAGCCCACAGGUGAAAAGUUGGACCACUCCCGCAGCAACACCCCCUCCCCGCUAAAUCUGUCCUCCACAUCUUCCAAAAACUCUCACAGCAGCUCCUACACUCCAAACAGCUUGACUUCAGAAGACCUGCAGGCUGAGCCGCUGGACCUCUCUCUGCCGAGACUAAUGAAGGAACCCAAGCAUGCACUGACUGUCAAAAGCAGACCUAAAGUCAACAGCAUUACCAUCGACCAUAACAGCGUCCCCUCUCCUCGAGAGCACUUCGAAGAGCCUUUGAACUUGGCCUAUCUCAAGAAAGAGUUCUCAGGCUCUACCAACAACGGGAACCUUGAAAAAAGCACUAGCCCCAUCUUCGGCAUUAACCCGUUUGCUGCCAAACCCCUGUACACAUCACUUCCACCUCAGAGCGCUUUCCCACCUGCCACAUUCAUGCCCCCGAUGCAGGCCAGCAUACCAGGUCUUAGGCCCUAUCCAGGCAUGGAUCAAAUGGGCUUCCUACCACACAUGGCCUACACUUACGCAGCAGGGGCAGCUACCUUUGCAGAGAUGCAGCAGAGGAGAAAGUACCAGCGGAAACCAGGUUUCCAGGGGGACCUGCUCGACGGUACACCAGAUUACAUGUCAGGGCUGGACGACAUGACAGACCCCGACUCCUGUCUGUCACGGAAGAAGAUAAAGAAGACCGAAAGUGGCAAGAGACCACACCAGUGCCAGAUCUGCAAGAAAGCCUUCAAACACAAACACCAUCUCAUCGAGCACUCCAGACUGCACUCGGGGGAGAAGCCUUACCAGUGCGACAAGUGUGGAAAGAGGUUCUCCCACUCGGGCUCCUACUCGCAGCACAUGAACCACCGCUACUCCUACUGCAAGCGGGAGGCCGAGGAGCGAGAGGCGGCCGAAAGGGAGGCCCGUGAGAAGGGCCACCUGGAGCCCACGGAGCUGCUGAUGAGCCGGGCGUACUUGCAGGGCAUGACUCCUCAGGGUUACCCGGAGCUGGCGGAGCGCGAGGCCAUCCUGAGGCACGACGCCGUGAACGGAGGGAUCAGAGAGGGACGGAAGGAAGUGGACGGAACGUAUGCGAAGAUCGGACGGAGGGAAGACGAGUUUGAGGAGGAGGAAGAGGAAAGCAAGAGCAUGGACACGGACCCAGACACGUUGAGGGACGAGGAGGAGAACGGAGAGCACUCGAUGGACGAUAGCUCGCUGGACGGCAAAACGGAAACCAAAUCGGAUCACGAGGACACGAUGGAGGACGGCAUGUAAUCGGCGACGAGCGACGGCGGCGACGGCGUUUGAAAAGCUUCCCAUCUUAAAGAGUUUUAAGUUUCUCUCUUUUGGUUCAGUAUUCUUACCUGCUCGGUUUAAAACACCGUGUUUUAAGCUGUACGUGCACGUGCCUGAAGCUUCCGGGAAGCUUUCUUUGACAGACUCCUCGGGGGGGAAAGAUGUCUGCCGAACAAGACACGGACUCAAAAAUCAAUCUGGAGGAGGCGUUGAGGGAAGGGAGGCAUGGGUUUGUGAAAUAAGCUGCAUUAUGCAAACCGAACAAUGAAUAAAUGAAUACAUUUCAAAAAAUGUACAGUACUAAGGCCUAAAAAUAUGUGUGGUGCUAACCUCCUCAAAUAAACCCCCUGUGUUCCAUAGUAUUUAUAGCACAACUAGUGACUUGUACAAAUUGCACUCCGCUACUAUAAUCAUGAACAAAAAUAAUAAAAAGUAUUGCCUAUGUAUAUAUUUAUACAGUGUUGGAAAAAGAGCAGUAGUGUCUGCACUACAGUCCUUCGAUAUUACCUUUGUUAUCACCUACCUACCUACGGUGUCGUCUUUAGUUUUGCCAUGUCGCCCGGCCACAAACAUCUCCAGCCACACUAUUUUAGGCCUCUUGAAUCAACUUCAAAUGAAGGAAUUUAAACAAAAAGAACAAAAAAAACAAAAAAAAAGACUGUAUGAAGGAACUUAGAGGAUUUUUUAAGAGGAUGAAGUUUUAAAGAGACCUUCAUUUUAAGGGAAAAUACAGUUUAUGAAGAGAUGGUAUGGGGGGAAAAAAAAUGAAGGACGAAGCCUUUGUAAGGUGUUUUUUGAUAAGAAAAAAGAAGCCUUAUAUGCAAACCUUUUAACCUGUGUGUUUUCUGCAAGUGCCACCCUUGUAUUGUGUAAAAGGAAGGUUAAUUUUUUUCACCAGCUUCAGUAUUAUGAAAUGGUUCACCGUUGUUCUUUGAAGCAUCCGUGUCAGUAUUAAGACUUAUAGGCAACAGUUCCUUAGUUUACAUUAUGUUGUGCAAUGUUUUCUCAGUUUCUUUUUUCUUUCAACUUUUGUCAGUAUUACACCAAACCAUUUUUUUUUUUUUUUU